UGGUGUAAUUACAAAUUAUAAGUUUUUAAUAGCCGACAAGGCCAUUAUGUUGCCACUUUACGUUCAGUUUUAGCAUAACCUCCGUUUUGUUUGUCGGAAUUUUCGCUUGAGGGAGUUUCAAGUUUGAAGAAAUGAACUUGUUUGCAGUCCUUCUCUUCGCCUGCUUCGGUCAGACAGUUCGUAGUUAUCAGUGCGUAGCAGGAAUCAAGUCUUAUUUCGAAAAGUUAGAUGUUUCUGGAGGAGUUUUUACUGAGGAAGAUGUAGAACUCGACUGUGGAAAGAACAAACUUAUCAAAAUAUGGACUGAGCCGGUAAAGCCAACCAGACGCCAUGGCACGGAGUUUCACGGAAUCGGUCGUGAUACGAACGAAGCCUCCCUAAAGAUCAUGACUGUCAGAAGAUUAUGGUUCAGAUGUGAAAAUAGCAAGAGACGGGAAGAAAGCGCGAAGUUUCUGUACGGACAGAAAACUCUUCCUGAAGUCAAGAAAGUGUGUCCAAAAAAGAUGAAGGCACUGAUUACUGCUCUCGAUCCAAUGUCAUACGAAUACGAUCGUUAUGAUGACACGCCGGAUUUUAACCAAGACGCGUGUAUUGGGAAAACAAAAUGUGUCAUUAAGAAAGGAACGAGAAUCGCAACAGCGACAUACAAGAUAGAAACAGAUUGCAGGGCUGAAAAUCAUGCACUGCACUGUUGCAACUCGGAGGAAUCAAAGGACAGUGAAAUGUUCAAGGCAAAAAGAGCCUGCAACUUAAUACUUGAGUGUGAAUGUUGCCAAAGACAAACAGAUGAUAAAGUUAACAUACGGUCUUGUGGAAGCAUGGGCAAAAAGUGGGCCAACGCUGGUUUCGCUAGUUUAGCUGGGAUAAACCACAACAUGGGAAUUAAGUAUGAUGAGAGCGAUGAUGAUGACGCAACUGACGGUGACCCUGAUUUCGACGAGGACGGCUGCCACGUGCGAAAAGCAUAUCUUAAAGUUGGCGAUGGUAACCCUAAACCAAUUUGCAUUCCUGGAAACAUGGCAAGGAUUCUUAGUCUCGUCGAUCUCUUUUCUGAUCAGCAUGGUGGUAAGUGCGUAGUUAGAAGCAUCAAAAAUGACGAUGCAUGCACGGGAGAGGUAGACCCAGCUGAACAGUACUAUUUUGGAGUAAACGUCCUUCUGCCGCCGGAAUCUGGUGUUGCUUCUAACCUUAAAAAUGCUUUGACAGCGAGAUUGGAAGAGGAAAACAUUGAAACACCUUUCCUUCUCAAGGAUAACAUCAAAGAACGGACAAAUCUGAACGAUGUCGACAUGAUCAAGUUCACGCUGGCAUUCAGUCUGUAGUUGUGGAGUCAGCGUUGGCUAAUGGCUGGGAGAGAUUUUGAAGGAACACUGCAUUGUAAAACUGUGUGGGGAGAACAACAUAUCCAUAUUAGUAGAAUUAUAAUGAAUCAAUUGAAUUAAUAUUAUUAUUUCAUUUUUUACAAAACUUUUUUUCUUGAAUUGAUUCAGAUAAUUUGAGAAGCUGCUGCCCGAAAACUAAUAUCUAUGGGAACAAUGGUGAAAUGUUUUCAGUGUUCGGUCAGGGAAAAAAGAAUCAAGAUAAACUUU